AAACUCGACUCAAAAAGUUCUAAAAAAAUCGAUUCCGAAUCAUCCACGUGAACACACCACAUGCCUUGAGCUCCAAAACUUCACUAUCCAAAGACUUGGGACCUCAUCUCUCUCUCUCUUUCUUGUCACCUCUUCCAAUUCUCCAAUCUAGAAGAUUUUUGCUUCAAUGGAAACUCAAAACAAAUUAGCUGAAGCAAAAAUUCCUCAAGAAUUUCUUCAAUUUUCAUGUCUACCAGAUGAAAUCAUCAUUGAAAUACUCUUGAGGUUACCAGUAAAAUCUAUCUUGAAAUUCAGGUGUGUCUCAAAAUCUUGGCUUUCUUUAAUCUCAACUCCAUAUUUCAUCAAUGCCCAGAUCAAAUUUUGUGUUAAAAAAUCCAAAAAUGUGAAUCUAAGACUUGUUAUUGUAGCUUCAGUAGCUGGUUUAAUGGGUAAAAUGUGCUCUGUUUACUCUCUUGAUUGUGAAAAUUCCUCUGUAAAUGUUGAUAAAAUUGAUUACCCAUUAAAAACCCCUUUUGGAUCUGCAAAAUUUUUGGGUUCUUGUAAUGGGUUGAUUUGUUUAACCCCAAUGUCAUUUAAACUUAUGAUAUGGAACCCUGUUACUGGAAAACACAAGGAAUUUGAAGAUUCAUUUGUUCAAUGUGCUGUAAAUUGUUAUAUUAGAUAUGGGUUUGGUUAUGAUUAUGUUAAUGAUGAUUAUAAGGUGGUUAAGAUCUUUAGUUUUCCGCGAAAUGAGGGGAGAUAUGAGAAUAAGGUGAAGAUUUAUAGCUUAAAGUAUGAUUCUUGGAAAAUGGGUGAGAUGUUUGAUAGUGGUUACGUUAAUGCACAAUCCGGGAUGUGGUUGAAUGGAUAUCUUCAUUGGGGGGUAAGCCAUUGUCGCGACUCUGGUGAUGGUGAUGGUGGUGGUGGUUCUUCGGAGAUAAUGACAUUGGAUUUGUCUACGGAGACGUAUGGGGUAAUGGCAUUGCCUAAUUGUGGAAAUGGGAAUACUAGUUGGUCGUUGAGUGUUCUAAAUGGAUGUUUAGUUGCUUGUUGCAACUAUCAUUCGGUUAGGACGGAUAUGUGGGUGAUGAAGGAGUAUGGUGUGGAGUCGUCGUGGACUAAGUUGGUGUCUAAUAUCACGGCUCCCUCUGGUCGUUUAGGUUAUGUCUCGCCUUUGUCUGUGUCGGAGAAUGGUGGUGAGGUUUUAGUGAGGCUUGGUACUAAUAUAAGUUUGUACAACGCGAGGAAUGCUUCACAUGAAUCCUUGGACAUUCAUUCAUUGGGUUAUUGUCUUAAAGUACAAGCGAUUACUUACAUUGAGAGUCUAGCUUCGCCUAAUGUUGGUGAUACGUAAUUAGCUCGGGAGGUUAUGACUUUGAAUUUGGUUAGUAAGACGUAUAAUGGGAUAGUGGCGUUGCUUAGUUAUGGAAAUGGAAACUUCCGUUGGAUAAUAGUUGUAGGUUGCAACUAUUAUUGGGAUAGGAAGAUGAUGAAGGAGUACGAGUGUGAAGAAUAGUCUCUCUUCUCCGGUCUCCCUUUGCUCGUAUGGGUUAUGUAUCGCCUUUGUUUGUGUCAAGAGAACGAUGAUGAAGGUUUAGUACAGAUAUAAGUUUGCAUAACACGAGCAACGUUUCAUACAGAUCCUCGGAUAUUCAUGCAAGUAGUUACUAACAUCGAGAGCCUAGCUAGCUACGCCUCGUGUUGGUGAUAAGUAUUUUAGCUUACAUCAAAGAAAUUACUCUGCUUGUGUUGUUCUUUCUGGAGAUUUACUAAUGUUGUUGUAUUUUCGCGCUUUGUCUUGUUAAAAGAUCCCCAUAUGUAUUGUUAAUAAUGUAAAGUUCUUGUUGUUAAAACUACUUGUCUUAAUCUUCUUUGAAAA